AUUGCACCACAUAGCGCUCGUGGGGCCGUGCAGCAGUUGUGCGCAUGUGCAGCAGGGAUUCUAUCAGAGUCGAGCGGAUGGAAAACGCACACCACACAUCCACGAAUCCACGGAGCCAUCAAGAGCUCUCCAUGCUGCUCAGUGAACCGGGGACGCACUCCGCAGACGGAUAGCGCGAACUUACAACCGGAGUUGGUGAAUGAAAAGUGCAGACUGAUCCAGUGUGCUUGAAGCUCAGCUGAUCCUUCUCCUCUUCGUCGUCAGUGUGUGCGUGUGAAGAUGCCUCCAGCGACAGGAGGGCCGGUAGGCUACACUCCUCCAGAGGGAGGCUGGGGCUGGGCAGUGGUGGUAGGGGCCUUUAUCAGCAUUGGCUUCUCCUAUGCCUUCCCCAAGUCCAUCACGGUGUUCUUCAAAGAGAUCGAGGUGAUCUUCAAUGCCACCAGCAGUCAAGUGUCAUGGAUCUCAUCGAUUAUGUUGGCUGUCAUGUAUGCAGGAGGACCAAUCAGCAGUAUUAUGGUAAAUAAGUUUGGUAGUCGGCCAAUCAUGAUGGCUGGGGGCUGUCUGUCUGGCGCAGGGUUAGUCGCCGCAUCCUUCUGUAACACAGUGGAGGGUCUGUACUUCUGUGUGGGAGUUAUAGGCGGCCUGGGUUUGGCUUUUAAUCUGAAUCCAGCAUUGACCAUGAUUGGCAAAUACUUCUACAAGCGCCGGCCAAUAGCUAAUGGCAUCGCGAUGGCGGGCAGCCCAGUGUUCUUGUCCACCCUUGCCCCGUUGAACAGCUGGCUGUUUGAUCAGUUUGGGUGGAGGGGCAGCUUCCUCAUUCUGGGCGGAGCUUUGCUGAACUGCUGCGUUGCGGGGUCGCUAAUGCGGCCCAUUGGACCAAAACCACAACCUGCCAGUCCAAAAGAGGAUGGCGAGCCCAAACGUCAAGAGAAAAAGACAUGCCUGCAGACCGUCAACAGCUUCCUGGAUCUGACCCUGUUCACUCACCGAGGCUUCCUGCUGUACCUGCUCGGAAACGUCAUCAUGUUCUUCGGCCUCUUCGCGCCUCUUGUGUUCCUCAGCAACUAUGCAAAGAGUAAAGACAUUUCCAAGGAUAAGGCUGCGUUCUUGUUGUCCAUCCUGGCUUUCACCGACAUGAUCGCUCGGCCGUCCAUGGGCCUGGUGGCCAACACUCGCUGGGUCCGUCCACGUAUCCAGUACUUCUUCGCCGCAUCUGUGCUGUAUAAUGGUGUCUGCCACUUGUUGGCACCACUCUCCACAGAUUACAUGGGUUUUGCCAUUUAUGCAGUGUUUUUCGGUGUGGCAUUCGGCUGGCUGAGUUCCGUGCUGUUUGAGACUCUCAUGGACCUGGUGGGUGCUCAGAGGUUCUCCAGUGCUGUGGGGUUGGUGACCAUCGUGGAAUGUGGGCCUGUGCUGCUGGGGCCCCCGAUACUGGGAAAACUCAAUGAUGAUUACGGUGAUUAUAAAUACACAUAUCAGGGUUGUGGAAUCGUCCUGAUUAUUGCCAGCAUAUUCUUGUUCGUGGGAAUGGGAAUCAACUACCAUUUGGUGGACAAAGAGAAGAAGGAGGAGGAGAGAAGAGCUAAACAGGAAGAGAAGGAUGCAGAGACGAACGUAGACAAUGCCCUGAUCGAGAAGGCAAAGGAGGUGGAUGGAGACGCAUGGGAUGCAUGAGCUGACAUUGCCAAAUGGAGGAAACAAUAUUAUGUGCUCACACACCAACAAUCUGUGUCUUCCGGUUUUGACCGUCCAAAAUGAUAAACGCUUUUCCCCUCUAAUGCAUCACUUUAAUGAUUCAGCAAGUGUAUAAAACAGCACAAAGGACUAUGAUGCCAAGAAAUUCUCCUAUAUGCAAUCCCACACACGUCUCAAAUGUUACUGUCAUUCUCCCAACUUUCAUACGGGAGUGUCUCCGUACCUUAAUGUCACAAUUCACCUUUUUUUUGGCAUAUAUUAUAACCAAUAUGAGAGCAUUCCUAGUUUUUGACUCCAGAAUAAUGCAAAAUGCACAUUUCAAAAGUUUUAAUGAGAAUUAUGAUGUGUGACAUUUAAGUUAACAUACACACAGAAUUUGUCAGUUCAAGACAUGGAAGAAGAAAUAUUUCACUCUUCUGUCUAUCUUAGAAAUAUAGUGUUUUUUGACUAAAGGUCAUUAUUAUAUGUAGGAUACACUUUUUUUCCUUUUUAAAGUUGAGCUUGAAUUUUUUUUGUUUAGUGUAUGUAGUCUUCCCUGUUCUGAGUGGCUGGUAGAAAAUAUUGCCAGGCCUUGCUAGACUGCCAUAUAAAGGCAAAACGCAGAAAUUAUGUCAAGACCGACAGUUUUUGGAUUGAUUUGCAUUUGUGCUCUGAACUUAUUUAGUAAAUCCCUUCUGUCAUUGGACUCGAAUUCACUCAUGAAAUAGGCCAAAAUGUGUAAUUACUGUGUUUUGCCUUUGCAUGGCAGAAGAAUUCAAGGUUUGUUUCCAAGUGCUGUUUAAUGUAUUUUUGACAGGCUGCUUCCUGCUCUGGUGAUCUCAUGAUCUCACAUUGGUUAUCAAACUCUUUACCCUCUAUACUGUAACCAUGAAGAUUUCUGUGAUUACCAUUUUUAGGAAGUAGAGCAGACACAAUAUUGCAAAGGUCUUGUUUUCGUCUGAGACAGUUCUCACUUCACAUGAAAAGACUGCUAGAGAUGUGCUUCAGCUUUUAGAUUUCAUUUGACAUUAAUGAAGAUGAUGAGUUUCACUAGGGUACAUUCAAAUAGGGGAUCCUUAUACAAGUGUGUGUUCACUUGCUUUUUCGACCAUGUUGUUUUUAAAUGUCUAGAAACUGUUUUAAUUAUGGUUGUCAACAGAACCUGUGCCUUGAUUAGGAGCCUUUCUAUCUACAUACAGCCAGGUUUUAUUUGUAUUUAACAGCCAUAUGUGUAACAAUACUAACUCCUGACCCUUUUUUACAGAGCUUUUUGCAAUGUCAAAAGGAUAUGUAGUGAUUUUAAUUUGAUAGUCCUAUAUUAAUUAGCUUUUUGUGUCAUAUUAAGGAAGAGUAGAGUGCUCCAUUUCAAACUGAGCCAGCAACAAACACGGUACUUAGUUUGUGUUGGCUAGAAAUAAACACGACUUCAUUUCAAGUUCUGCUAGCGUUAACCCGCACUCACUAGGGUGCUUAAUUUUUUUUUUU